UUCUCUCUCUCUCUAAUUGCAAUUUGUGCCGUAUUCUUCGACUCGAUAAUAGAAAUGAAUGGUUGCUUGAUCAUCGGCGACGUGCGCUACGGAAUAUACGUCUGUCGAUUGUAAUCGAGCGAGAAAAUCGCGACGUUUUGGAUCGGGAUUUCUGCGGAAAUACGAAUCUUUCUCGAUAUCAUUACGAGGUAUGGUUAUCGUAGCUCGCGUUACCGCGAUGCAACGUUGGUUAUAGUCGUUAUCGAUGAAAAAUCUCCAUUACUCCGCAAGCCACGAGGAGAUCUUACAACCCGCGCUGCUCGCGAUUUAUCGCGAAUUUCCUCGCGCGCUAUCGCGAUAGCCGAGAACGCGGGCGAGUUUCCUUUCCCGUUUGAAUAGACCGAUUCCGAUCAUUUAUGUACCGCGAAUUGCGCGCUCAUUCGCGGAGUUCAUUCACCGUCAUCGCAUCAUCAGCUCCGUUUCGUCCGCGAUAAAUUUAAUAAAUUUGAUACGCAACUCCAAUUUCGUUGCCGGGCGAGAUGAGGAGAGCGCAUGCCAGCCGCAGAAUCAUCAGCCCACGUGUCUCUCUCUCUCUCUCUCCCUCUUCCUUGUAUUAUUUUUACUGCAAAAAUCGCUCGUCUACGUCUACUCGAUUCUAUAUUCUAGAUUCCGGCGGGACGAUCGCGCCGUAAUAACGUUCGUUUAUCUUUCGGCGGGCAUUAAAUUACGCGGAAAUGAUGAAAUAUUAUUGCGACUAAUAAAACGAAAGAUACAACGCGCGCGAUCGAUCCGUAAUAAAAGUAACAUAAAAGUAAGAUAUAUGGCACCGCCUUGUUGAAGUCGUGCGACCGAUAAUCUUCGAUACAUCGUACGCGUCUUCUCGCCGGAGCCAACCUGAGCGAAUCCCCGCGAAAACGAAUCCUCGCGGACGAUUACCAAUCGUCGCUACUCGCUGCGUUUAGUUAGUUAAAAGAGGAUUUCGGGGAGAAUAAAGAGAAGAGAGGGGAGGGGAUGAUGAUGAGACGGAGGAAUCUGCGCGGUUCGGCGCAAAGUCGCGCGCUAAUUAUCUCCAUUCGAGCGGAUCGAGAGAUCAUAAUUCAUCAUAAUAUUGAAGGCCCCGCGGGAGGGCGGCUACGACCAAGGCGAAAUAAUCUCGAUCGCUUCGUUAAAUCUCUUCAGCUCGCCAAGUUUGAAGUGUCAAGGUGACGCUGCUUAUCUCCCGAUUAAACGCUCCGUUAAAUAAUUCCGAUUGACCAACGUGGCUCUGUCUCGUCGGUCUUGGGUAGCUCCCAGAAUCGCUCCUGCGACCGCUCGUAGGUCGCACGAGGCGGAGGGAGACAGAAGAGAAAGAGAGAGGGAGAGGGAGAGAGAGAGAGAGAGAAAGAGUAGAAAGGGGGAAAGAGAGGGAGAGAGAGAAAAGGAAACACGAGGAGGGGAAAAUAUAAAAAUAUUUCCACACGAGAGAGAUAUAGAUCUGACGGAUAAUUGGUGUGUCAUUUCCUUCCUGAUACGAUCGCAUUCAAUAAAAGUAAUUAUUGUGUCGUGUCCCUUUUGAAAUAAAAAUCGAUGGACGAGGGGUGGAAACAAAUUGGGGAUAUCUAUUACGCGGGUACAAACGACCCGUGAAGAUAAUGAAUUCGAUUGUUUGCCGUGGUAUUAUCGCCCUACUCCCCGGGUAAUAACGACCAAUCGGAGAAAAGGGAAGGGCGCCCGCUGUUACAUUCGAAAUGUAUAAAUGGACCAAUAACCGUUCCACCUCUGUUCAGUCGGGUCCUCUCGGUUCAUCGCUGGUAAACCGCGAGAGCGCUUGCCCUUUUUUUUUCCUCCCAUUUUCAUUAACCUUCCGAGCGCUCCGCCGAGACGCAGGGAAGUAUCGGGAAACUCCGGGAAACUCAUAUCAUCGCACGCGAGGUAAGGCACAGUGUCGUACUUUUGCAAAACACAUAUAAACACACAUCGCUCGAGCCGAGCACUUGUCGCAUCUCGGCGGACACGUGUAUGCCUGUGAGAAGAAUUACGUGGCAGGAAGGAUGCGCGCAAAAAUGUGCGCGUCAAUUUGAUAACAUCUCGUUAGAGCCUAUGAGUCCUGCGAGGACCGGUUGAAAGAAACUGCGCAAUUCGCGAGAGGAGAAGGAAGAGCUCGACAUAUGUCCGCGUAUAUGUAUAUUCGGAGGGACUAGGAGGCGCACACACUUCUCUCGCGCACGUGUCAUUCAAAUACGCGGUCGGCUCCGUCCGUCCACGUUCGCCCGCUCCGAGCGAAUCGCGCGUGUGAGAAACUUAUUAAUACGGCGGGGUAAGGACGAGAAACGUUGAAUGUGUCUUUCGAGCCGGGCGACGACGACGACGACAAUGACGAGACAGGCGUCCGUGGUGAAUCUCUAUGCAGAGAGCGUGAAAUUAAAGCCGCGCGGCCGUGGGAGAACACGCGCGCCUUCGAAAAGGACACAAAAAAGCAGGUAAAAAGAAACCGGGAGGAGCAUCCAUUAUGAAGAAUGUCUCGCGCACGUGUCCCUCAAGGCCGGUCCCCGCCGGCACGGUCGCCUCUUGAGCCGGCUCUAAGCCCGGUCAAGUCAGGUCAAACCGGCUCAAGCCGAAAAAAAGGAUGAUGCAACAAUUAGUGUGACAUUGCAUUCACAUCCGCUCUCGACCUGCCCUCUUUUUCCAAGUUUCGGGCUACCUAUGUGUGAGCACACAGGACGCGCAUUAGCCGCUCGGCUAUUCAACGUAAAUCAGUCACUCUCUGAUUUGCACGUGUGCAUAUAGGCGUGUAUUAAAUGUAUACUCCGAGCCGUGCGUGUAAUAAUAUACACGCGACGCAAGUGUAAUCGCAAUACAUUGCAAGUCGAACGACUCGCCGGACUGACGAACAAACGAACGACGUCGUUGUCAUCGUCGUCGUCGUCGUCGAUCGUCCAUCGAAGCGCGAAUCGGCACCGUUCUCUUUCUCUCUCACUCAUAUAUUCCGCCGGCGAAGUUUCAUUAAUUCGGCGCGUGUGCCACGGAUCCGGACGAGCGCGACGUCGGCAUUCAGUACUUGAACACUCGGUGAAACGCGCACAACCGAGGUGAGUCCAUCUCUCCUCUUCGUCGCGUCCAUUAGUUCCUCGUCCCCGAGAUAAGACUAGACGGGAGUAAGGUCACUCUCUCAGCGCAUUCCACGAUGACACGGCUGAAGAUUUCCUUUAUUAUAGAUAGCCUCAUCAAGCUCCAAGAUGCAAGGCCUCCUCGGGCACUCACCGCUGUGCCUCGUUGCAAUUCAAAUCCCGCUGAUACUGCUGCUGGCGAUCGAUCGAUCCGGCGUAGCGGCGAGCACCGAUGGAGACGCCGGGCUCGAAGACAAAAGGUUCAAUGGCGCGCCGUAUCCAGACAGAUUUUUCCUUCCGUUUUCUAAACAUCCGAAUGUACGUAAAACGUUGUUCCAGAGGAGCUUUAUGACGACUUGGACGAGGAUUUUGCAGGAACCGGUGUCGCUGCAAGUCGCCGUCGGGAGUCGCGUUGAAUUGCAAUGCGAAGCAGUUGGCAAUCCGUCGCCCCAGGUCUACUGGUUCAGCGGGACAGAAGCUGAGAGCCAGAUCCAGGAGAUGAUAACACGGGCUCGAGAAGACGCUAAUCGUAUGCCCCGGCAAUGGGAUGGGAUGGGCCAGCUCACCUCCACGUACGUGAUCGACUGCGUGAAGCCUGAGGACACUGGUUACAGGUACUGCGUGUCCGUGUCGGGCGGCAAGGUGGCCCACUCGAAGCCGGCGUUGCUCUUGGUCGACACGUCCAGGACCGGAGAAUGCCCCAGGGAGAGCCAGCCUAUCGUCACCCUGCAUGCCCCGUGGAGAUUCAUGUAUCAGGGGAACACGGUGAUCCUGCCGUGCAGAGUCGAGGGCCAGCCGAUGCCGUAUCUCUAUUGGCUGGACAACCUGGGCAACAGGAUCAGCACGUCCGGGUUCAGGAGGCGCACCGUGCUGCCGAACGGCGAUCUGCGUAUCGACGAUCUCAAGUGGACCGACAUGGGCGACUAUACUUGCAGGGUGCAGUCGGGUAAUACGGAGAAGAGCGUGUCGACCUUCCUGUACCCCCUCAAGAGGUAUGCGUGGAGUAUCUUGUGUACACGAUGUAAUCAAUCAAUCCCCGCGAGUCCUCGAUACACGGCUAAUAUAUAGUCGCCUAAUAUCUAAUUACACGUUCAGUCAUCCGAUAUCUAAUCUAGAUGUAUCGAUAGAGAGAGAGAGAGAGAGAGGGCUAAUGUACAUACAUUCAGGAAUCCGGGGACGAUAGUCGAGCAUCGUCUCGCUAACGUCCAUGAUAUCGCUCCUCGUAAUUACGUUAAUUAUCGCACGCUACGGUAUUUCGUUUCUCGUUCUUUCUUUUCUUUUCUUUCUUUCUAACAACGACACUUCUGUUCCAGGUCUCAGUAGGGAUGAAUCCCGUGUAGAAGGGCUCCCAAGGGUCUCUCCGCGCUUCUCAUAUGCCUGUCGCUGUAAAUGUGCCGGAGUGUGAAAAAUACUCGUCACACUCGUUCAUUUAUAUACUGUCUAAAUAGAAUGUAGUUUAUAAUUGUAUAGGAUAUAUGCAUUAAGUACUUAUAUAUUUUUUUUUUUGUUAUACUUACGACACCAGUGCUGCUUUGUCCUCGACAAGCCCGAUAUCUCAGUGAAAAUUUGCAUUCCACAUUGGAUCGGCGUAUGAAAGGGCAAUUUUCUCUCUCUCUCUCUCUCUCUCUCUCUCUCUCUCUC